UUUUGGGCAACAAGUUCAAUUCCUAGUAAAGAUUUGGCCCGUGUUCUCCUGAGAAAGGAAGAAGCUCAAUUGCUUGUCGAUUAAAAAAAAAUCCUUUGUCAAACAAAUUUGGACCUCAGAAAAAAAACAACAUAAAAUCUCCCAAAAAAAAUGUGUUUUCAAGAAUCUGCAACAGAAGAUUCAGCCAUCAAGCCCUCUGCUCUCUACCCCAUCAAUUUCCCAUUUUUUCAAACCCCCAACUCAUAAUGGUUGGAACUAUUUCUGGGUCUGGAAGAUCAUUAGCUGAAACUCACUCUACUCCAUGUUUGUGCUUGAAUCCUAGUCGUAACUCAGGCAGCACUAAUUUUAGGAGUAAUAGGGAAUUGGGGUUGUGGAGAACCUUUAAGGGGAGAAAGCAGUUGAAUUUAAGUAGUAGUUUCUUGGAAGCAUGGUGUGAGUGGAGGUUAUCUGCAAAGAUGGUGUCUUUGGCUUUAAAUGGAGGUUCAAGAAAGAGACAGAAGAUUAGGAAACUCACUGUUGUUGGUGGGUUGGAAGUGGAAGAUGAUGAUUCAGGGGAAGAUGUUAAAAAUGAAAUAAUCAAUGUUAUCACUUACAAGGCUGUACGGACUGUUCUUCAACAACUCUAUGAGAUGAACCCCCCACAGUAUACAUGGUUUUACAAUUUUAUAGUAAACCACGUGCCUAACACUGGGAAAAAUUUCCUUCAACAGCUUUUCAAGGAAAAGCGAGAACUUGCUGAGAGAGUGAUGAUUACACGUCUUAGCCUUUACAGCAUAUGGAUGCAGAAAUGUGAUCAUGCUGAAUUAUACAACAGAAUAUCUGAUGAGAAUGUGGAACUGAUGCGUGAACGACUAGCUCAAACUGUUAUAUGGCCAUCUGAUGAUGAUCAGAUUGCUGGAAGUUUGGAUUGAUUAAUGGGAGAAAGCUAACUCUCUUUGGUCACUAUAUAAAAAAUUGAUCAUUCAGCAGCCUUUAGCGAUAUUGGUUCUUAAUGACACUUAACUAAUGUCAGUAAAGACUUUAAUAUUCUUUAUUAAUAUCAAUAUUUAAUACCGCUAAAAGUUAUUCUUGUCGUAGUCGA